UCAAAAUAUGGAUGUUUGGGUUUUUCAAAACAACUUUAACUUCGAAUAACACCUACUUUGUGAAACGCAAAAUCUGGAAGUGUCCACAAGUAAAUGUCAUGUUCCGUGAAACAACUCCGCGUUCCGGGUAAGUCAAAUGAAACGUUCCUGUGUUACGACAAGUCUUUUUUCUGCUUGCAUUCUGAAGCUUGGCAGCAUUUGUUAGCAGCCCUGUUUUAGCGAAAAAUAAAUGUUUCCCUAAACAAUCUUCCCAAAUUUGAAAGGAUGUCUUCGACUAUCAUAACUUGCGUAGUAUGUGGUUUCAGUGGCUCCUCCAAAAAGAAUUUUGUACCAGUUUUCGGUGAUGAAUGUUCGGAGUCGGAGCAGCAGAAGAUUGCACUAUUGGUUGAAAAGUUAACCAAGAAAGAAAUUAAAUGGGAACCCGAACAAGAACAAAUGGUAUGCACGAAGAAGUGUGUAACACUGAUCAACGAAUAUGGAGAAUUACUGAGCAGGUUAGAUGAAAUCAAAAGUGAAAUUCUCGACCAGAAUAAUCCCGAAGAUGAUACCUUUGCUGAUCAAGAUGAGCCAACUUCUGUUGGUGGUUCCGAGAGCAAGUUUACCCUCUCCAAUAAACUCCUUUUUUUGCCCCCGACAGAUGAAGAAAACGUACAAUUAUCUACCGUUAAAACGUCUCGAAAAGACAUUGAGAUGAAACUAAUAGAAAUUGACGGAGACAUCCUUGUUGGUGAAGUCGAACAGGAGGACGAAUCAAUGGAUAUGGAAGAAAGCACAAACGAUAUGGAAGAAAUGAUGAACGAUAUGGAAGAUUCUGCUGAUGAGGAUGAUACAUUGGAUGCGGGAGCUGUUGAAAAUUCAUCCGAUUCGGACUAUUCGCCUCCUAAAAAAAUUUCUAUAAGUGUUCCUGUUAAAAGUUCCCCGGGUACCGAAAACAGUAUAGAAUUCGUGAAGAUAAAAACAGAACCAAAAACAGAGCCGAAAACAAGCAGCAGCGGCAACACAAAGGUCCACAUGAUACCAAUGAUUCCCAUGGACAAAAAACCCCUCAUUCUCAGGAGAAAACAAGUAUCCGAAGAAGUAGAGACUACUGUCGAGGAAGACAACAAAGCCGAUAUAUCUCCAAUGCCCAUCAUUUCGAAAGAAGGUAAUCUGUUCACGUGUCUGCUGUGUCAAGGAGACGAAGUAGCUGUUGGGGAAGCGAAAGCUAUCACAGAACACGUCAAGCGAAAUCACGGAUUCCGCCUGUACAUCUGCGACGUGUGUGGCCAAGAUUUCUUGAAGCGCAACCUCCUGUCUGCACAUUUGGACGAACACGUAGCUGCCGAAGAGGGGGACUUUCAAUGCGAGAUCUGCAACCGCAUCUUCAGUAAUUUGAGGUUGUUCCGUGUCCACAGGCGUAUGCACUACCCCCAGAACAAGGCGUGGGAGUGUGAAACGUGCGGCAAGAAGUACAGCAGCAAAAACCUCCUCGACGAACACAUAAACACCCACCUCGGCGUGCGACCAUACGUGUGUGGCAUCUGCGGCAAAGACUUCGCCAGCAAGUACACGUACAAGGCGCAUGAGAAGACUCACGAGUCUCGCCCGAGGCCGUUCAAGUGCGAGCAGUGCAACAAGUCGUUCCUCAGCCAACAGAACCUGACGCAGCACCAGAGGACCCAUCUCGGCAUGAAGGAGUUCUCAUGUCAUCUCUGCAAAAAGCAGUUCGGGUCCGCCCACAACCUCGAAGUCCACUCGAUCGUCCAUACCGGCUAUAAGCCGUUCAUAUGCACCAUCUGCUCCAAGGCGUUCGCACGCAAAGCGGAGAUCAGAGACCACGAAAGAACCCACACUGGCGAGAGGCCGUACCAAUGCGAGCAUUGUGGCGCCACCUUCAGCCAGAGGUCUAACUUGCAGUCGCACAAGCGCGCCACGCACUACGACGACAAGCGCUAUCAGUGCAACCUGUGCGGCAAGGGCUUCAAGAGGAGGCGGUUGCUCGAUUAUCACAUCAAGGCCGCUCAUACAGGAGAACGACCUUUCAAAUGCGAAGUUUGCGAUGCGACCUUCGUCUACCCAGAACACUUCAAGAAACAUCGUCGGAUACACACAGGGGAGAAACCUUUCUUGUGCGAAGUGUGCGGCAAGGCUUUUAAUAGCAGAGACAACAGGAACGCCCACCGCUUCGUCCACUCUGACAAGAAACCAUACGAAUGUCUGGUUUGUGGCGCAGGGUUCAUGCGCAAACCUCUCCUCUAUCAGCACAUGCAGUCCCAGGGUCACCUCAACGAUACGAUCGUCGUUAAUCAGCCCAGAUUAACGACCGACGACGAUCAGGUGGUCACAGUCAAUUCGCAAGGAGAAAUGGAGAUCAUCGGUGGCGACACAACGGAAUCCCAGCUAUACGUUCAAGACGAAGACAGUGAGCACAUCAUCAUUGACGGGCAGCAAAUAAGCUUCGCCGAAGUGGCCAGCGACGAUGAUCAAGGCGAAGUUGUCGAAGAGGUCGAGCAGGUGGCGGAGGGCCAAGAAACAUUCGAUUACAGCGAGAUAUUCACCAGCGACAUUCUGGACGGAAGCGAAACACAGAUCAUUGAAACGUCGGAAGGGCCGAUUCAGCUCGUUAAAGUUCGGAUCCCGAACGAAAACGGCGAAGAGGAGGAGGCUUGGGUCAAGAUAUUAUCCGAGUGAUAGAUUUUAGUUUAUAUAUCGUGCAUUUUAAUUCAAGUUUAUGUUGUAUAUUCAUAAAUAAAUAGAUGUAAGGCAGU